AUGGCCGCCACUCGCUCUUUGGGGAGAGAUAUUACCACUGAAGAGUGGGAGUCUUUUGAGUUCCAGUUCGGGUUAGUUCCCGAGCACAUAGUGCAAACCCCCCUGCCUGAUUCAUCACUCUACAGUCCAUCUGAGGGAAAAUUUGACAUCCCAAUCGCCUUGUUUGAGGCAGUCGGGGACUCGAACCCUCUAUCGAAUUUCUUGUGGGUGAACAACGAUCUUGUGGUGCUUAGUUACCCGAGGGAUCAAGCUUAUGUCGACCGUGAUCGAACGCGUUUUGGUGUUGACAAGGAAUUGGUCAACGUCCUUGAGAAGAUCAACAUCAACGGUGAAGAUUGGCUUGACUGCUUUUUGGUUGCCGGUAGAAUCAAUGUUGCUUGGAGGGAACGCGGAAAGAUACCCGAGUGUGGAGGAAGUUGUUUCUUUAGAGAGAGAGCUCUUCAGGGUCAGUUCGACGAUGAGCUUCAGUGUCGUGAUGUUGAUCUUGUGGAGGAUCUUUCAUCCCUAUUUCUGGACGAGGAAUCGAGGCAGCUGUCGGUUCUGACAGUGCCACCGACACCAGCGAGAAUCUAG